GCUACAGGAAAAAUUCAAGCUGGAUUUUUAAAUUAUUGCAAGCUAAUAAUGGACCAGAAGUUGAAGAAUGCAAUUCUGAAUAAAAAUCUUCAAAAAUUUUUGUUCAAAUAACAGAGGAAAUAACAUUGAUCUACUGUCUUAAAACUCCAAUUCAGAGUAAAAUAUUCAUGAUAGGAAAUUAUACUGGAAAAAAUUUAUAUGGUUCUUAAUAUAUCUGGAUGAAAAGAAUUGUCACUUUGUUUAUCAGAAGGACUUAUAUAUGUCUGAGAUUAUUUUAAGUCAUUUUAUAGAAAUCUUGACAUUAUCACCAAGGAGAACAAACAGAGCUGAAGGCUGUGUAUUGGUCAAGAUGACUUCUGAAGAAAUAGCAGCUUCCAUUCUCAUCCCUGUGACUCAGAGAAAAGUGGUGUCUGCACAGUUGGCUACAGAUGAAAGUAGUGAAAGGGCAUCAGAUAUCAGUAUUCCAAAAGUACAUACUGUCAGGCAGAGUGGGCAGACUUCUAACACCAUCUCACGGUGGAACAAGUUUAAAGAAGUAUCUUCUGGAAGCAACUUGCCCAAGGUUCUCUCAAUAGCAAAGGAGAAAACAGUGAAUGAUGAGAACAGCAAUGAAAAGUGCUAUAAGACAAGCACAUCGGGUUCCAUAAAAAACCUUAACAUUAACUGCAACAGCAUAUUUCAAAACCAUCGGCAUGGCCUUCCUCAGAGCCAGUUUUAUGAAACAUGCAACUCUGUCAUGGAGGAAGACCCAUGUCUCAAAACUGGAAUUCCUUCUCCACUGGAAGAAAAGGUGUUCUCUGGAAUUCAACUGGAAAUGGAUGGGCCUCCCAUAGACAUCAGUCCUUUGGGAAACCAUCCUGGGAUCAUAGAGAAUGACAGAGCACACCCUGACAGCAACACAGCAGUAUUUCACUUUCAUUACGAAGUUGACAGAAGAAUGUCAGACACGUUUCAUACUCUAUCCGAAAACUUGAUUUUGGAUGAUUGUGGAAACUGUGUACCACCUUCUGAGGGGCAGCACAAGAAAAAUUAUGUGGCAUAUACAUGUAAACUGAUGGAAUUGGCAGAGAGCUGUGAUAAUGAGAAAGGGCAGCUUCAGUGUGAUUGUGGUACUUUGAAUGACAAAUAUCUGUGCUGUGAAGGCUCUUGCGAGAAGGUCAAGCUGGUAUGUUCAAGUGAUCACUUUUGCAGGAAGGAUUUUACUGACCGUCCACCUGCCAAGGCCUUUCUGAGCCAUUUUGAAGACUGCUCUGAUAAUUGUGAAGAUAUAGAAGAAGAUCUUUUUAAAAGCAAAAAGGAGCGGUCCACUUUGUUAGUUAGAAGAUUUUGUAAAAAUGACAAGGAAGUGAAGAAAUCUGUGUAUACCGGGACAAGAGCAAUUAUGAGAACUCUGCCUUCUGGCCACAUUGGGGUGGUGGCGUGGAAUUAUGUUGAUCAGAAAAGAAAUGGUCUCUUACUGUCUUCUGAGAAAGCAGUUCAACCUCUGUCAAGGCUGGACCUAAGACAGGGUGGGAGCCAAUGUCUGUCAGUAGUCCGGUGGUAUCUGAUCUACAGUACAGUGAGAAGAGAAGAAGCAGAAAAGACAGUUGGAUCUCUUCUCCAUUUCUUCACAAAGCUCCUAGCCCCUGAGACGGGCCAUGGAAGGAUUAGCAUUGGUCCGUGCUUAAAGCAGUGUGUCCGAGACACUGUAUGCGAGUAUCGCACCACCCUCCAGAGGACUUCCAUAUCUCAGUACGUCACUGGUUCUCUCCUAGAGGCAACCACAUCUUUAGGAGCAAGAAGUGGUCUUCUAAAUACUUUUGGAGGAUCCACUGGACGAACGAUGCUGAAAGAACGCCAACCAGGUACCUCUAUGGCCAACUCUAAUGCCGUCCCUUCAAGUUCAGCUGGAAUCAGCAAGGAACUGAUCGAUCUGCAGCCCCUCAUCCAGUUCCCAGAAGAAGUUGCCAGUAUCCUAACGGAACAGGAGCAGAAUAUUUACCGAAGGGUCCUGCCAGUUGACUACCUUUGCUUCUUAACCCAGAACUUGGGCACGCCAGAAUGCCAGAGCUCCCUGCCCUGCCUCAAAGCAUCUAUCUCAGCAUCAAUUCUCACCUCUCAUAACGGAGAGCACAAUGCCCUUGAAGACCUUGUGAUGAGAUUUAAUGAGGUAAGCUCCUGGGUGACAUGGCUGAUCCUAACGGCAGGAUCCAUGGAGGAAAAGCGGGAAGUGUUCUCAUAUUUGGUGCAUGUGGCCAAGUGCUGCUGGAACAUGGGCAAUUACAAUGCUGUCAUGGAGUUCUUGGCAGGCCUCAGGUCUAGAAAAGUUCUAAAGAUGUGGCAGUUCAUGGACCAGUCUGACAUUGAGACCAUGAGGAGCCUGAAGGACGCCAUGGCUCAGCACGAGUCCUCCUUGGAGUACCAGAAGGUGGUAACCCGCGCCCUGCACAUCCCUGGCUGCAGGGUGGUUCCAUUCUGUGGGGUGUUUCUAAAGGAGCUCUGUGAAGCGCUGGAUGGAGCCUCUGGCCUCAUGAAGCUUUGCCCACGGUACAAUUCGCAAGAAGAGACCUUAGAGUUUGUAGCAGAUUACAGUGGACAAGAUAAUUUCUUGCUACGAGUAGGACAAAAUGGCUUAAAGAAUUCAGAGAAAGAAUCCACUGUCAACAGCAUCUUUCAGAUCAUCAGGAGCUGCAGUCGAAGUCUGGAGGCAGAGGAGGAGGACAGCCCCAGUGAAGGGGACAGCUCUAGGAAAAAUUCCCUGAAGGAUAAAACCCGAUGGCCGUUUAUAAUUGGAGAUUUGCUGGAUUCAGAAAAUGACAUCUUUGAGCAGCCCAAAGAAUGCGACCCUCAUGGGUCAGAGGAGUCACAGAAGGCCUUCGACCACGGAACAGAGCUUAUCCCAUGGUACGUGUUGUCCAUCCAAGCUGAUGUGCACCAGUUCCUGCUGCAAGGGGCCACAGUCAUCCACUAUGACCAAGACACGCACCUCUCUGCUCGCUGCUUCCUGCAGCUUCAGCCAGACAAUAGCACGUUGACUUGGAUGAAGCCCCCCACUGCCUCCCCAGCUAGUGCUAAAGCAAAACUUAGUGUGCUCAGCAACACAGCUGAGCCUGGCAAGUUCCCAUUACUGGGCAGUGCUGGAUUAAGCAGCCUGACAGAGGGGGUCUUAGAUCUGUUUUCAGCAAAGGCUGUGUAUAUGGGACACCCUGGCAUUGAUCUACACACUGUGUGUGUUCAGAACAAACUGAGUAACAUAUUUCUGUCAGAGACUGGUGUGACUCUGCUCUAUGGACUUCAGACCACAGACAAUAGAUUACUGCAUUUUGUGGCACCAAAGCACACAGCCAAAAUGCUGUUCAGCGGAUUGUUGGAACUCACUAGAGCCGUGAGAAAGAUGAAGAAGUUCCCUGACCAAAGACAGCAGUGGCUGCGGAAACAGUAUGUCAGCCUCUACCAGGAGGAUGGUCGGUAUGAAGGCCCAACUUUGGCUCAUGCAGUAGAGCUGUUUGGUGGCAGACGGUGGAGUACUCGAAACCCCAGCCCUGGAACAUCAGCAAAGAAUGCUGAGAAGCCCAAUAUGCAGAGAAACAACACACUGGGCAUGAGCACCACCAAAAAAAAGAAGAAAAUCCUCAUGAGGGGUGAGAGCGGAGAGGCGACUGAUGAUGAGAUGACAACCCGAAAAGCCAAAAUGCAAAAAGAGGGUCGAAGUCGGAGUGGUUCUGAUCCUCAAGACAUUAAUGAGCAGGAAGAAUCAGAGGCUAAUGCCGUCACUGGCCCUCCCAACCCUCUCCCUUCCAGAAGAGCUCACUCUUUGACCACAGCUGGGUCCCCCAACUUGGCCACCCCAGCAUCAUCUCCCAUCAGGCCAGUCUCCUCCCCUGUGCUGUCUUCUUCAAACAAGAGUCCGUCCAGUGGCUGGAGCAGCAGCAGUUGGCAUGGGCGCAUCAAAGGCGGAAUGAAGGGGUUCCAGAGCUUCAUAGUUUCAGACAGUAACAUGAGUUUUGUUGAAUUUAUUGAGCUGUUCAAGUCUUUCAGUGUGAGGAGCCGCAAGGACCUGAAGGAUCUCUUCGAUGUCUACUCUGUGCCCUGCAACCGAUCAGGCUCCGAAUCAGCCCCCCUCUACACCAACCUGACAAUCGAGGAAAGCACCAGUGACUGUCAGCCUGACCUAGAUUUGUUGACCAGAAAUGUCUCAGACUUGGGGUUGUUCAUUAAGAGUAAACAGCAGCUGUCAGACAACCAGAGGCAAAUAUCUGAUGCCAUUGCCGCCGCAAGCAUUGUGACGAAUGGCACUGGGAUUGAGAGCACAUCCCUGGGCAUAUUUGGGAUUGGCAUACUCCAGCUCAGUGACUUCCUAGUGAACUGCCAAGGAGAACACUGCACUUAUGAUGAAAUCCUCAGCAUCAUCCAGAAGUUCGAGCCUAACAUCGGUAUGUGUCAUCAGGGUCUAAUGUCAUUUGAAGGAUUUUCAAGGUUUCUGAUGGAUAAAGAUAAUUUUGCUUCAAAAAAUGAUGAGUCACAGGAGAACAUAAAAGAAUUGCAGCUACCCCUCUCCUACUAUUACAUAGAAUCUUCCCACAAUACCUACCUCACGGGCCAUCAACUCAAAGGAGAAUCCUCAGUAGAACUCUAUAGCCAGGUCCUCUUGCAAGGCUGCAGAAGCAUAGAGCUAGACUGCUGGGAUGGAGAUGACGGAAUGCCCAUCAUUUAUCAUGGACAUACACUGACAACAAAGAUCCCCUUCAAGGAAGUGGUUGAAGCCAUUGAUCGCAGUGCCUUUAUCAACUCUGACCUGCCAAUCAUCAUAUCCAUUGAGAACCACUGUUCAUUGCCUCAGCAACGAAAAAUGGCAGAAAUUUUCAAGACUGUGUUUAGAGAAAAGCUGGUGGCUAAAUUCUUAUUUGAAACUGAUUUCUCAGAUGAUCCAAUGCUUCCCUCACCCGACCAACUUAGGAGGAAAGUGCUUCUUAAAAACAAGAAGCUAAAGGCCCAUCAGACGCCAGUGGACAUCUUAAAGCAAAAGGCUCAUCAGUUAGCAUCCAUGCAAGCACAGGCUUAUAAUGGGGGGAACGCCAACCCUCCAUCUGCCAAUAAUGAGGAAGAGGAAGAUGAAGAAGAUGAAUAUGAUUAUGACUAUGAAUCCCUUUCUGACGACAACAUUCUGGAAGACAGACCUGAAAAUAAAUCGUGCAAUGACAAGCUUCAGUUUGAGUACAAUGAAGAAAUCCCCAAGAGGAUAAAGAAAGCGGAUAACUCUACUUACAACAAAGGGAAGGUUUAUGACAUGGAACUGGGAGAAGAAUUUUAUCUCCCUCAGAAUAAAAAAGAAAGCAGACAGAUUGCACCAGAGCUUUCUGACCUUGUCAUCUACUGCCAAGCAGUAAAAUUUCCAGGCCUGUCAACUCUAAAUGCAUCUGGCUCUAGCAGAGGAAAAGAACGGAAAAGCAGGAAGUCCAUUUUUGGCAACAAUCCGGGCAGAAUGAGCCCAGGGGAGACAGCAUCAUUUAACAAAACAUCUGGAAAAAGUUCCUGUGAAGGAAUUCGACAGACCUGGGAGGAAUCUUCUUCCCCUCUCAACCCAAGCACAUCCCUCAGUGCUAUCAUUAGAACUCCCAGAUGCUAUCAUAUCUCAUCGCUGAAUGAAAAUGCCGCCAAACGUCUGUGUCGCAGGUAUUCUCAGAAACUGAUCCAGCACACCGCCUGUCAGCUGCUGAGGACCUACCCGGCCGCCACCCGCAUUGAUUCAUCUAACCCCAACCCCCUCAUAUUCUGGCUCCAUGGGAUACAACUCGUGGCACUCAACUACCAGACAGAUGAUCUCCCUUUACAUUUAAAUGCUGCAAUGUUUGAGGCAAAUGGAGGCUGUGGUUAUGUUUUGAAGCCACCAGUUCUGUGGGACAAGAACUGUCCCAUGUACCAGAAGUUUUCUCCAUUGGAAAGAGAUCUAGACAAUCUGGAGCCUGCUGUCUAUUCUUUAACUAUUGUCUCUGGCCAAAAUGUGUGCCCUGGUAACAGUACAGGAAGCCCAUGCAUUGAAGUUGACGUGCUGGGCAUGUCCCUGGACAGCUGCCACUUCCGCACAAAGCCUAUCCAUCGGAACACCCUGAACCCCAUGUGGAGUGAACAGUUUCUGUUCCGGGUUCACUUUGAAGAUCUUGUAUUUCUUCGUUUUGCAGUUGUGGAAAACAACAGUUCAGCAGUAACUGCUCAGAGAAUCAUUCCGCUCAAGGCUUUAAAACGAGGGUAUCGGCAUCUUCAACUGCGAAACCUUCACAAUGAAGUCUUGGAAAUCUCUAGUUUAUUCAUAAACAGCAGAAGAAUGGAAGAAAAUUCCUCUGGCACUACUAUGCCAGCCUCUUUGAUGUUCAACACAGAAGAGAGAAAAUGUCUGCAGACUCACAGAGUCACAGUGCACGGCGUCCCAGGUCCAGAGCCCUUUGCUCUUUUCACUAUAAAAGGAGGCACCAGAGCAAAGCAGCUUCUCCAGCAGAUUCUGAUGACUGAACAAGACACCAAAUUAUUCUCUGCAGACUAUUUUUUGAUGGAAGAAAAGUAUUUUAUAUCAAAAGAAAAGAAUGAAUGCAGGAAACAACCAUUCCAGAGAGUCAUUGGUCCAGAAGAAGAGAUCAUGCAGAUUUUAAACAGCUGGUUUCCAGAAGAGGGCUACGUGGGCAGGAUUGUCUUAAAAACCCAAGAGGAAACUCUAAAAGAGAAAAGCAUUGUUCAAGAUGACAAAGAGGUGAUCUUGAGCUCAGAGGAGGAGAGUUUCUUUGUCCAAGUGCAUGAUGUUUCUCCAGAGCAACCUAAAACAGUCAUCAAAGCACCUCGCGUCAGCACUGCCCAGGAUGUCAUUCAGCAGACCUUAUGGAAAGCCAAAUACUCCUAUAGCAUCCUGAGCAACCCCAAUCCAGGUGACUACGUGCUUUUGGAAGAGGUAGUGAAAGACACACCCAACAAGAAGUCUUCUGCUCCAAAGUCUUCACAGCGAGUCCUUCUGGACCAGGAGUGUGUAUUUCAAGCCCAAAGCAAGUGGAAAGGUGCAGGGAAAUUCAUCCUUAAACUAAAGGAGCAGGUACAGGCAUCUCGAGAAGACAAAAAAAAGGGGAUUUCUUUUGCAAGUGAACUCAAGAAGCUCACCAAGUCAACCAAGCAGCCCCGGGGCCUCAGCUCACCGCCUCUGCUCUUGGUGUCAGAAAGUGUCCAAAAUAAGGAGAAAUCUGUGGGUGGCUUGACCUCCGGUGACACAGUUGAUUAUCGACAGUGACUAAGGACAGCAUGUUUCGCCAGGUGAAGCUCUUCUGGCAAGAAGUUAAAGUCAAGAAUGAACAUGGUGGAAAGAAAUAUAACUUAUUUUCAUUAGACUUAAACUGGAAAGUGAUGACUUGCAAGCUGCCACCUUCUUCACACGAUGUGAAGCCCAUGCUGACGACACGUGAAAUAGCACAGAGCUAAUAGCUGCCACCCAAUUUAUUGAUCUGAAUGAAGCAAAGCAGCACAGGGACGGCCAUUUUACAAAUGCCAGCAGUUGGAAAAAACAUCCCUUAGCUUGCAGUAAUUUUCUUAGAAAAAAGGUCAGCAAACUUUUGUUUGCAAAGGGCCAGACAAUAAAUAUUUUAGGGCUGGAGACCAUAUGGCCUCUGUUGUAACUCUGUUUUGUAAGUUGUGUGCUCUGCCAAAGGCCUACACAGACAAUAGAUACAUCAAUGAACACAGCUGUAUUCCAGUGCAACUUUAUAGACACAAAUUGGAAUUCCAUGUAAUUUUUACAUAUCACAAAUAUCCUUUUGAUUUUUUUAACCAUUAAAAAAUGUAAAACCUUUUCUUAGUUCAAGGGCUCUAUAAAAACAGGUGGAAUGCUGGAUUUGGCCCAAGGGCCAGAGUUUGCUGACCCAACCUAGAGAACUGGGAACAACACACAGAGAUCUGAAAACUAGUAAACUACAUAAUUUAGACAUGCAGUUUAUGGCUGAGAAGUAAAAGCUUUUGGGCACUGCAGAUGUAAGUUCUGUAAGAGUCAUUAAAAGUAAUUCAACAUAGUUCCUAUACUGUGUACCUCAGUGCACUCUUUACAAUUCUUUUUACAUACAGAAAAUUUGCUGGGUUUUUUUUUUUUUUUUUGGUAAAGAUUAUUGCUCAUAUAUUCACAGAUUAUUCCAUUUUUGGUUUUCACACAAUUAAUUUAGAAUGAUGAGUUCUGAUGUCUUAACAAAAAACCUAAUCAUUUUUUUAACUCAAAGUAGCUUUGUGGAAAAAAAGGUUUUGUGUUUAAAGUAGAUUUAUUUAUUUUGCAAAGUUUGUACUGACACUGUAUUUGUGUAUUUAUUAGCCAUACCUUUUUAAAUAUACUUUCUAUGGAUUAGAAGCAUUAGUGGUUCUAUUUCACUAUUCAAAGACAAACUUAAAAUGUAUACCUGAACAUCUAAAAUGGUUAAACUUUCAUGUAAAAUAGCUUCAUCUUCAUUUCUCAUUAACUGAAGAGCUAUGGACCCAAGUUAUAUUUGCAAUUUGAUGUAAAUUAUUUUUUUAAAACCUUGGUGUACAAAAACCUAGCUAAGUGUAAUGGAUUCUUAAUCUUGGUAUGAAGCAAAUUAUGACUUUAAAAAUGUUUUCCUCUAAAGUAAAACCCAAAUUUUAUCUUUCCAUUGGUAUUAAAUUUUAAAAUUUUUCUUAAAAUUAUAAAACACACUAAAAAAAUCCUUUGCUUUGAGACAUUUUUUACCAAUUAUAAAAAUGAAUGAAAUACCUGUUGUUAUACUCCAAAAAGACAAGUGUCAAAUACAUAAACAAAGCUUUUAUGUCAUUGAAAGUUCUUAACUACCAUUUUCUUGCCAACUGAACACAGGCUACACUCCAGUUUAACAUUAUUUGUGCAGCGCUACAGGUUUCCUUUUAACCAAAUAAUUUGUAAUAAGUGCACAGUGUUAUCCCAUUUUUUAAAAUAUCCUAAAAACAGUCUAUGAGGCCUCUAUAAACAAACAGGCUAAAUGGUUUGAUUUGGAUUAUUAUGGGUUGAAAUUUGAGUUACUGGCCUGACUAGCUAACGCCAAACUACGCAGGGUAAUGAAAUACAAAGCAAGACAAGUCUCACCCAAUUUAUCAUUUGUUUUGAUGCUUGCUAACUGCCCGCGGCCCACACACACGCUGUGGCCUUUCAGUUGUGGAUUUGGUUAUAGCACAAAUCUGAAACUUACCCUCAAACUGAAUGUGACUUGGGUGUUUAGCAAGUGAAUGAACCCAGCCUACUACCUAUGUUGCACACCAACAUUUUGAGGAUAAAGUAUAGACUGUACUGUAAUUGAGUCUCUGGGAUUUUAGGAAGGACACAUUGCUUAAACAUGUAAAGCAAUUUACAGUCUACUAUAAUCAUGGGUUACUCAGUGACAGGAAUGCAUUCAGAGACGUGCAUAAGAAUAUCAGACUGAAUUUACACAAACUAAGAGACUUUGCCAUCACUAGGUAAUAGGAAUUCUUUAGCUCUGUUAUAACCUUGUGGGACCAUGGUGAUACCCCAUGACACACCCACAAAGUGGUCUGUCGUUGUCAUGUGGCAUGUGACUCGUUAUAACUGACCCCCCACAACCUGGUGUUUGCCAGAAAUAUGAAAUGUUUAAGCUUAUCACAUCUGAAUUAUUAUCAGAAUACUAAAUGAAAUUACCCUUAUUUAAGUGCAUCUAAAAUAACCAGUAGGACUAUACCCACUAUAACCACUAGGACCACCAUUUUACGCUUUUUAGACUAUAGGAAAUCUGGGUAGCAAAUUCUUAUCAGUAAAGUUGGUACAGAAAAAAACCUAAAUAUGCAAGUUGGGCUUAUAACAAUAUUUCAAGAAGCUUCACUAAAAGUAAAAAGAACAUGAAUUUUGACAACCUGUUAUGUGGUGCUAGCUUUUUUAAAAAGUUUUUCUGGCAGUAAAGGGUGAGAGUAAGGGUUCAGUAUGACAUGUGGUAUUAGAAUAGAGGUGAGCUUCCUCUCAGCCUCCUAUUUGUAAUUGUCACUGUUUGAUAAGAUACUAGCGGGCAUUAAAGAAUUACAGCUAGCUGGAUGAAGUAACCAUACUGUCUGGGCAGAAAGUACUCUCUUGAGGUAAAGCAUCUUUACAUGUCAUCCUUAACAAGUACAAAUUUUCAAAUUCCCCACCUGGGAUAAAGAUGAAGUCUAAACAAAAGUGGAGUUACAGAAUGCCACCCCAUCUCGAUGGCUCUGAAGACAGUGAAGGGUAUGAGUGAAAGUGGACCCUAUAUAAUAAACACCAAUUCUUAACUGUAUCUUCCCAUUUCUUCUUUCCACCACUAAUAAACCUCUCGUCUGCCCAGACACUACACCUUAAUUAUGAAAAGCAAUCAGAGCUUGCCAGUAAAACUGAAGGAGCUCUACCACAGGUAUGCUCUUGUGCCAACGAAGAGUAGGGUUUCCCUGGCUGAUGUCUUUGACUCUACACACGGCAGAGUACAAGGCAGCCCACAGGGAAGUGUGUGGCAAGGUGGCAGUCUCUACCCCUUUCUCACAUCAGCACCAAGGCCAGAGAAGGUGAACACAUGGACCCCCUAAAAGCUAUUAGAGAGAAAAGGAAGGCUACUUCUUAGACAAAGUUCAGACAGGACAACAUUCCCAUGAUCCACUGUUAGUAAUUUGUUUUCUGUUAUCUCUAUGUAUCAGCUUUUCGAAAGUAAUCCUUGACAGCUAAGGAUUCUGACACAGGAAAACCUGGAUCUCUUUGAAAUGUACACUGAAACUACAUGAUUACUGUUAUUCUUAAAUGUUUGUUACGCUCAAGCCUGCAGUCAGACAGCUCUGGAAUCAUACUUCAGACAACAUAACUCGUUCUGACACUGAAUUAGGUAAUACUACUUUUUUGUUUGUUUGUUCUUUUUGUUUUUUUUUCUGGUACCAGGAAUCGAACUCACGACCUUGCGCUUGCCAGGCAGGCGCUGUGCUGCUGAGCUAAAUCCCCAGCCCCCUUAUACCACAUUUUUUUAGUGUACAAAUGAGUUGACUCAGCAGCAAAGAUCAUGGGAGAUUUACACUGUCUUACACCAUUACUCCCCCUUAAAGUGCCUAGUGCUUAAGCACAUAGUAGGUGCUCAGUAUUUGUCUAGGUGAAAAAAUGAGGCUGUAGUAGAAACAGGGUGUGUCUACUGUUACUAAUGAUUAAGACAUUUAACUCCAAAAAUAAAACUAAUAGGUUAUAUACAUAAAUGUGUAUUUCAUCCUCAAAUUCAUAUAGGAUAUUCAAAUAUUAUACUUUUAUGGUCUCACUAUAACUAUAUACAUAAAACCAGAAUUAAAAGCAUAAUACAAGCAUAAAACAGUUGAUGAAUUUCUACCUUAAAACUGAUUUUUCACCUGAACUACAAUUUUUGCUGCCGAAGUGAAGUAUGUAUUUGUAUGUUUGGAAAUAAAUGAUUUCUGACAUGCAUUGGUA